AUGGCUAUGUAUGGAUCCCCGGUGCGAAGACCAGUGACGCAGUCCAGUGGCGGCGGAGGCUCAGCCAAGGAUGAUGUUCCAGCAAAAAUCAGGCAGGAACUUUCUCGGUUUGAGCAGAGCAUAAAAGAUAUGCAAUCAAGUAUGAGGUCUCUCAACGAGACACUUUCUGAAGUUUACGGCGAGUCGCUUCCAAGAGCCAACGAGUUUCAGAGAGCACUCCAGGAUGAGAACACCUUAUUGGAUAAUUUUGCUCGUGACGUACAUGGGGUUGAUCAGCCACUGAGACAGUUCGAGCAUCAGUACGACAGCGGCGGUUCGUCAGACAAUUCCGGCCUGGCCAGUGCCAACAAGAAAAGCGAGUUUGUAGCCUCCGUUCUUGGAACACUGUUCGAGGGCCAAGACGUAUUCUUCUCAGAGAGUUUAAAGGUUUCUCAAGUUCUAAUGAACAUAGUUUCACAAACCAAGCACCUUCCGACUCCGAGAGAGGCAAGACUUGCUAAAGAGUUAGCUGAGGAAAUAGGUUCAAAGAGCGUUAAUGCGUUAACGUCUUCGACUAAGAAAGUAGUGGGAGGAACGUCCCCGUUUGCACAGGGUGGGCACGGACACCGUGGCCCAGGCGCGCUGGUCGGUGGAGCUUACGGCAGUCAGCAACCCCAGUCCAGAGGCGCAGGGGUCAAGCCAGCAUCGAGAUUCACCUCGCAACAGUCGAACGCACCUAACCGCGUCUAUAUCUAG